CACAGGUGUAUAAAACCUUGUGUUGUGUCUUCACAAAAAGCAAAGUGAAAAAUAAAAAUACUUUCCUGUGUAAACCCACUUCUCUUCUGUGAAGGUUCGACGGUUGAUGCCAAGUAAGAAAAUCAUAUAAAGUUAAUGUAUAUUCCAUGGACUGGGAGCUCUGGACAGUGUUUGCUGGGGAGGGUUCCCUGUCCUCCAUGUAAUGGGACCAUCCCUGUGCUCACAUCCUGCAAACUCAGAUGGUUCCCCAGGAACAGCUUUGCCCUAAUUAACUUCAUAAAUAUUUUAUGAUAAAUGGUUUUGAAUUAUUUUCUGUGUGAUCUCUGAUUAGCUUCUUAAAUACUCCAGGUUUUUUUUGGUUUUUUUUUUUUUUGCAAGGUAAAGAUCACUUCCCAGGAUGCUGAUGAUCAGAAGUGACCCCAUGAACAUGGAUACACUGCACAAUGAGGGUGUUUAUUUAAUUGAGCUGUAGAACAGAAAUCUCUGCCUUGCUUGGCAGGGCAGGCUUUGUCCAGCAGCAAUGCUGCUAUUUUUAUGCCCUCCUUUGGGAUUUGCCAGUUGUCAUUUCUGAUUAUUUUCUGGAGCAAAACUUCAAGAAACCUCGCCUGGUAUAUUUACUACUCCUGGUUUCUGUCUUUUCAGGUUUCUUCAUCGCCAGCAGCUACAGAACCAACAAAACCCCGUCCUAAAAAAGCACCAGAGCUGCCAGUCCUAGAGAGGAAGAACUGGUUGAUUUAUCUGCUCUAUGUCCGCAGAGACUAUGAGGAGUGUAAGGCUGUCAUCAAAGAGCAGCUCCAGGAGUCCCAAGGGCUCUGUGAAUAUGCUGUCUAUGUUCAAGCUUUGAUAUUUCGCUUGGAGGGGAAAAUUCAAGAAUCUCUUGAACUUUUCCAGACGUGUUCCAUUCUGAACCCUCGAAGUGCUGACAACCUCAAGCAGGUGGCACGAUCCCUGUUUCUCCUGGGGAAGCAUAAGGCAGCCAUCGAAGUGUACAACGAAGCAGCAAAACUCGAUGAGAAGGACUGGGAGAUCAGCCACAACCUGGGUGUGUGCUACAUGUACCUGAAACACUUCAACAAGGCACAAGACCAGCUCAACAAUGCCUUGGAGCUCAACAGACACGAUCUGACCUACAUGAUGCUGGGCAAAAUUCACCUCUUGGAGGGGGAGAUAGAUAAAGCCAUUGAAAUAUAUAAGAAAGCCAUAGAGUUUUCUCCAGAAAACAUAGACCUCCUCACAUCCCUGGGCCUACUGUACCUGCAGACUGGGGAUUACCAGAAGGCUUUUGAACACCUUGGAAACGUGCUUACCUAUGACCCAGGCAACUACAAGGCCACCCUGGCUGCUGGCAGCAUGAUGCAGGCCCAUGGGGAUUUCGAUGUCGCCCUCUCCAAGUACAAGGUGGUGGCCAGCAGCGUUCCUGAGAGCCCUCCUCUCUGGAACAACAUUGGCAUGUGCUUCUUUGGGAAGAAGAAAUAUGUGGCAGCUAUCAGCUGCCUGAAGAGGGCAAACUACCUGGCUCCCUUUGACUGGAAGAUCCUGUACAACCUGGGCUUGGUGCACCUCACAGUGCAGCAGUACGCCUCAGCCUUCCACUUCCUCAGUGCUGCCAUCAACUUCCAGCCCAAGAUGGCAGAGCUCUACAUGCUCCUGGCAGUUGCUCUGACCAACCUUGAAGACAUCGAAAAUGCCAAAUGUUCCUAUGAACAAGCUGUGGCCUUGGACAAGUGCAACCCCCUCAUCAACCUGAACUAUGCUGUCCUGCUCUACAACCAGGGUGACAAGCAAGGGGCCCUGAGCCAGUAUCAGGAGAUGGAGAGGAAGGUCACCGUGGCCAGGGAGAGCAGCACACCCGACUUUGACCCUGAGAUGGUGGAGAUGGCCCAGAAGAUGGGAGCUGCCCUGCAGGUCAGGGAGAGCCUGGUCUGGACCAAGCCUUCUAAAGAGUCCAAAUCCAAGCAGAAAGCUGCUGUGUCAGGGAAAUCCAGCUCUCAGCAGCCUUUGGGCUCCAACCAGGCCCUGGGUCAAGCCAUGUCCUCUGCUGCAGGAUAUGGGAAAACCAUGCAGCUUCCCCCAGGUGCUGCAACACCAGCUCUGCCAAAAAAGCCUCCCUCCCUGCCUCUGGAACCAGAACAAGAGCAGGACUUGGAAAUGAGCCCUGAGGAGAACUUGGCUCCCACAGGGGACGAGGAGCAGAGGAAGGAGAAGCACCAGAGCCAGGAGGCAGCAGAGUAGGGUUACUCUGGGCAGCACAGGUGGUGCAGGAGCCUCUCCAGGGCUGCCUGGAAUUUGGGAAAGGGACCUGCCCUACCCUGACCCAUGGUGGCUUCUCCCCACUGUCAGAUAGUCUGGAUGUUUUCUAUCAGUGAUUUUAGC